AUGGAUUGGCUAACCAAGUACAAAGGAGUCAUCGGGUGUGCUACGGAGACGGUUCAGUUGACACAUACAGACGGAACCAAGGUGGAGUUUCAGGCCACGACAGAGUUAGCUAUCUAUGCCAGUUUAAACAAAGCCAACGCAGUGGAAGAUAGAAGGGUGGUCAGUGAAUUUCCUGACGUCUUCCUGGAGGAUUUGCCAGUUGCUCUUAUUUUGGUAGACAACAGCAUCAUGUCUCCAGUGCUCUCCCGUCCAAUAGAACUUGGAGCAGAUAUUGUGAUGCACUCAACUACCAAAUUUAUAUCUGGACAUAGUGAUCUUAUGGGUGGAAUACUUGCAGUAAAGGGUGAAAGCUUGGCUAAAGAGAUAGCAUUUCUACAAAAUGCGGAAGGGUCAGGUUUGGCACCUUUUGAUUGCUGGCUUUGCUUGAGAGGGAUCAAAACCAUGGCUUUGCGAGUGGAGACACAACAGGCUAAUGCCCAGAAGAUCGCUGAAUUCCUAGCUUCUCAUCCAAGGGUCAAGAAAGUGAACUAUGCGGGACUUCCUGAUCAUCCUGGACAGUCUUUACACUAUUCCCAGGCAAAUGGAGCAGGCUCUGUUCUCAGUUUCCUAACCGGUUCAUUGGCUCUCUCGAAGCACGUCGUCGAGACCACCAAGUACUUCAGCGUAACAGUUAGCUUCGCAUAA